AUGAUUUUUCUCACACUUAUCGCAGGAGCGCAAGCAUCUCUCCAAUUUGCGCAACCUUCGCCUGCUAGCGCCUUUGUCGCCACCACAAUCGCCAUCUUUGCCACAUUCUCUAACUGUUUCCGAAAUCGCUGGUCCGAAACGAACAGCAAUACCCCUCGUCGCGUCAUCAAUACGAAAUCGAGUCGCCACGAUCCUAGAAUGCGCGACGAGGGCGCAGCUAUGCGGGUACAUGUCGAUCUAGCGACCACUGACAAGAAGAACAGCUCUUCCACAUCGGAGCCAGGUUCGUCCAAUGGUGAUGGGACGUCAACAUUUGCAGAUGCAGCCGUAUCACCGAACUCACAUUCUGCCGAGUCGUCUCGGAACCCCUCUUUUCAGAGCUUUAAUGAUGUUGUAGAUUUAGUAUUUAAUCCUUUACGUUCUGUGAUCAGUCAGAAUCGGCGGCGGUACACCGAGGAUGGCUUUAAUCUCGAUUUAACAUAUAUAACCGAUCGAAUAAUCGCUAUGGGUUAUCCAGCAAAAAGUUUAGAGCGUUUAUAUCGCAAUAGCAUGUGUCACACGGUGAAAUUCUUGGAACGCAAUCAUGCUGGACAUUAUAAAGUAUUCAAUUUACGGGGCAACUACUUCUACAAAGUGGAGAAGUUUCACGGACGAGUGGGCCUAUACCAUAUGAAGGAUCACCACCCACCAAGGCUCGAUCUCAUGGAACCUUUUUGCAGAGAGGUCAAUGAAUACUUGAAGGCUGACCCUCGAAAUGUUGUAGCUGUGCACUGUAAAGCUGGGAAGGGGCGAACCGGUGUGAUGAUAUGCGCCUAUCUUGUCUCGAUAAAUUUUUACAAUCUUCCACGUCAAGUGAUGGAUUACUAUUCUAUCGUUAGGACUGUCAACAAUAAGGGUGUAACAAUACCUUCACAACGUCGAUAUGUUUAUUAUUUUUCACAAAUGCACAAAUAUGGUUUGACUUAUACACCGCUACGGAUAGAACUUGUAGGAGUAUAUGUGGAGCGGCCUCCACAACCGGGUGUGACAUUCAAAGGGGACCUCGUAAUGCGGGUAGCUCAAGGCGACAUUGAGAUGUUCACUGGUGCACCGAUUACCAUUUCACGGCAUCAAUGGAGUGAGGAAGAGAAGCUGUGGGCGGGAAAAGUGCCGUUUGGUGAAGACAGCUAUAAUCCAUCGUCACAGAAUUACGAGACGGACAAGACCUGUGUCUCAAGGCGAGCUUGGGGUUGGUCUGUGACGCUCCCGUACCGCGUCUACUUGGAAGGUGACAUUCGUGUUGAUAUAUUUUCUGAAACAACAACCACGGGUUCACGCCUUCGGAAAAAUAAGAAAAAGCGUGAGAAGAUUGGACAUGUUUGGCUGAACACAAUGUUCACUUGUCCUGGCUCUUGUGGAGGGGCUUAUCAACAUGGAGAUGAGAUCUCGCCGUACCCAGAAGGCGCUACCUCGAUAACUAAGUUGAGGACAUCGGCACCGUCGACUUCUACCGCUUGCCCAACCGCCAUAUUCACAUCAUGUUCACCUCCAUCUGCUCCUGCUCCGGUGGCUUCUCGAAAAUCCCAUAGCAGCGAUCCGCAGAUGUCAUCAAUAGAUAGUGGAUAUACAGAUGGCCAAAAGAAACGGAAGACAACUAGUGCGAGUGAUCGAUGGGAAGCGACGAAUCUUGAGCUUCUCUUGCCACCUGGCCUUGAAGAUCAUUGUCCAUAUUCAACAUUAGCAGACAUCUAUGGUGAUGCGAGUAAAGCGCCUAGAUUUGGUAUUGAAGAGCUGCUCCGUAACGCACAUUCCUCCAACCUGGUACGCGACAGCUACAACGAACGUCGGCGGUCUCUUCCUACACGCGGUGAACCGGUCGAUGCAGCUGCAGAGGGUCGUCCUGAAGCAGCAGGCCCUGCAUUGAUACGUCGAAGCCGUGGAGAGCAUGUGCAUGUGUUCCCGUUGAUCGAAGUAGAUCGUGCAUUCAAGAAUGAAAGUAUGCCACCGGAAUUUAAGUUAAUAAUCAUAACUCGGUGUAUCCACUCCAAAGACCAGGUGGCACAAGAGAAAGCUGAGACAGCACUUGCCGAUGCACGUCGUGUUGCUGCUAAGCAUGAGGAGGAGAAGCAGAGCAAAUAUAAGAAAAGCAUAAAUUGUCCUCCGCCGAAUGUGCCAGUUGUUGGAACUGGGCCUUUGCGAACGGCAACAUCAUGGCCUGAGUGCCCACUUCAGGCUGAACAAGCGAAUUCGUCUGCACUUGUGAGUAUUUUGCAUUUUUUAGUAAAUACAUAA